AUGUCGCAUUACAAAUCAGGUCUACUUCUGAUACAUCCGGCAGUAACUACAACGCCAGAGCUAGUGGAGAAUGCUAAGGCUCAGGCUACAUCCAUGAAUGUCAAGUUCGUGGAUCAGUUCUUAAUCAAUAAACUAAAUGAUGGGUCCAUAAAUUUGGAGAAAGCCAAAUAUGAAAUAAUCAAAUAUUUGACGCCUGAAGCCCCGGCUGAUAUUCAGUUUCCCAAAAAGUUAAUUCCUGUCCUAGCUGAGUCAUUGACACCAAAUGGCUCGUUAAUUGGUUUAAGUGAUAUCUAUAAAGUAGACGCAUUAAUUAAUGGUUUUGAAAUAGUUAACGAGCCAGAUUACCAGUGGAUCAGAAAGGAUUUCUCCAAGCUUAACCAAACCGUUUCCAUACCGUUGAAAAAUAAGAAAACUAGCAGUACUAAGUCGCAAAGCGGUAACAACAAGCUGCCCACUUUCAAAAAAGCUAGUGGCACAACGACUAAACUGCCUUCAUUUAAAAAAGCAAGUAAUGCUGAGUUGCCUAUACUCAAGAAAACUGAGGAUUUCCAAUCACCUAGUUUCAAGAUGGCUGCCGAACCCAAAGUUUAUAAAGUCGUGGAUGACCUGAUUGAAGAUAGUGACGAUGAUUUUUCCAGCGAUUCUUCCAAAGCUCAAUAUUUCGACCAGGUGGAUGUUGAGGAUGACUCCAUUGAAGAAGAAGACUUAAUCGACGAGAAUGAUUCUGGUAAGCCAAUGAUUACUAUGAUUACGUGUGGUAAAUCCAAGACUAAAAAGAAAAAAGCUUGUAAGGAUUGUACCUGUGGUAUGAGAGAACAGGAAGAAAAAGAAAUUAAUGAUGUCAGGUCUCAGCAAGAAAAAGUUGUCAAGUUUACCGAGGAUGAACUAACCGAAAUUGAUUUCACCAUAGAUGGAAAGAAAGUCGGUGGCUGUGGCUCAUGUUCUCUGGGGGAUGCUUUUAGGUGUAGUGGCUGUCCUUACUUAGGUCUCCCUGCUUUUAAGCCUGGUCAACCUAUCAAUUUAGAUAGCAUUUCAGAUGAUUUGUGA